AUUGUUAAGACUAUCUCAACAGUCAUUUAUUUUCAGGUUCAAACAACUAUGAUUAAUCGACGAAGAAAAGCGAACUUAUUAGAUCUGAACAACAUUACAUCUGAAGAGUCUUUAUUGGAUGAAGAGCCAUCUGAGUCUAUUCAUGUUCCCAUAAAUUAUCUCGAGGAAAUUGAUGAUGAUGUUGUUGAAUGUUCGCCUCGAGCUUUUGCCCAGGCGGUGGCCAAUUUAGGGAGAUCUCGUAGAAGGAUUGCAAUUGACUUGAAUUUGGAAUAUCAACUGAUGCCAACACCUGUUAUCCAUUAUGGAGAGAACAUAGAAAUUCCAACUCUGCCAUCAGAGAACAUCGAGAAUCCAACUAUCCCAACAUCAGUUAUGCAGUAUACACAGGACAUAACUGAACCAAUUGAUCAAAAUAACAUCAAUGAAGCUACUAAAAAUGACAAGAAGUCAUCAGAAACUAACAAGGAAAUGUCUGAGCCUACUAUUCAAGCUGUUGAACCUCCAAAAGAGGCUGAACCUCCAAAAGAUCCUCCCUUAAACUGCCCAAUAUGUAUGGAAGCUUUUGUUGAGGAAAUGUCAACUGUGUGUGGCCAUAUUUUUUGCAAGAUUUGCAUUAAAACAGCAAUAUCAAGACAAAAAAAAUGUCCUACAUGUAGAAAAAAGCUUACUUGUAGAGGGCUAAGAAGGGUGUUUCUUCCAUCUUCCAGUUGAAGGAUCAUUCAAGAUGCGUUGAGGAAAAUUGGGGCAUGAUUGUGCUACUUUUAAUAUUGCUGAGUGAUUAUGUUAUUUAAAAUAUGUUUUUUAACGACUAUGUUUUAUUUUUUUGUCAUGUAUCAUUUCUUUUUCAUGUUCUUACUCGUGAAUUUUAUUUGGUACAAGUGAAUGUUCAAUAAGUUAGAUUAAAAUA